AUGGCCCCCACUGCCGAGAAGAGGGCAGUGGAGUUCAGAGGUGUUCGGAAGCGGCCGUGGGGGAAGUUCGCGGCGGAGAUCAGAGACCCCGUACGGCGAAUCCGCGUGUGGCUCGGCACCUUCCACACCCCCGAGGAUGCCGCUCGGGCCUACGACGCCGCCGCCCGCCGCUUCCGCGGCCACCGAGCGAGGACCAACUUCCCUCUCCCGGCGGAGCCUGCGGCGGGGGAAGCUGCUGCCGCCGCCGCUCACCAGCAACUAGUCCGGCGAGAGCCUGAGGAGGACGCAGUGGGGAGCCUCAGCAGUCCCUCCUGCACCGGCGAGUCGUUCAGUCAGGAGGAGAGUUCCUGUGCUCUCUCGCGGAGGGGGAGAAUCGGCUGCUCAAACGGGAAGGUCUUCCCUUUCCCCUUCUUGCCGACCGUCGCGGCGGCGCCACCGCUGGGUUCGGUGGUCUUGGCGUUUGGAGAGUAUCGCCGCGAUGCAGAGAUGGGGAGCGACGACGGGUCCUCGUCGCCUGCGGAGGAGUUCCAGGUCGUGAAGCUCCCUCGGAGAUUCAGCCGCGAACUCGACCUCAACCUGCCACCUCCCGCUGAGAUCAGCGACUAG